AUGGUGGAAGCUCAGAAAUAUCGGAUUGAGCAAGAGAUGACUAACUUGGUCAACGAGUUAGACAGAAGUUAUUUAAGAAAAAUGCAGGGUGAUAUGCAUAGAUGUGCAGCAAAAUGCUGCGAUGAUGCACAAGUUUCACUAGAAAGAGUUCAUGGAUGCAUUGAUAAUUGCACAAUUUCACUUAACCAGGCUAAUAAUUAUGUUCAGAAUGAGAUCAACCACUUUCAAAAUAGAUUACAAAGAUGCGUUAUGGACUGCAAUGAUUCAGCAAGAGAUAGAUUGGGUCCAGACCCAAGCCAAGAGACAAUUGACAGGUGCACCAUAGAUUUUGAGAAAUGUGCUGUUAAAUGUGUUGAUAAGCACAUGGCUCUGAUCCCAUCUAUGAUGAAGACCAUGAAGUCUGUGCUGGCAAGUGGUAAACCUCCUCCAGUCAAAAACAAC